CAACAACACGCAAACGAGCAAAGUCUCGAUAUCCACGUUCAAAAUGGCUUCCGAUGACAUGGUAUGGCAGAUCAUUGGCAAGGACUUCUGCAGUUUCAAAUUGAAGACCACGAAAGAUCAGACUUUCUGUCGCAAUGAACACAAUGUUACGGGUUUCUGCAGUCGACAGGCCUGCCCCCUUGCCAACAGCCGAUAUGCUACCAUUCGCAACGACCCGGCGACUGGCAAUCUCUACUUGUACAUCAAGGAGCCCGAGCGAUGCCAUCUACCGACCAAGAUGUGGGAGAAGAUCAAACUCAGUCAAAACUAUACCAAAGCCCUGGAACAAGUCGAUACGCAUCUUCAAUUUUACCCCAAAUUCAUGAAGCAUCGCAACAAGCAGCGACUCACGAGAUUGACGCAAGUGAACAUCCGAAUCAGAAAGCUCGAGAAGGAGGAUGCGAGAUUGGGAGAAAGACUUGUCCCCAGACUUGCGCCAAAAGUCAGGCGUAGGGAGGAAGGACGAGAGAGGAAGGCUCUCGCAGCCGCCAAGGUUGAGCGAUCUAUCGAGAAGGUGUUACUUGAUCGUCUUCGAAGCGGCGCUUACGGCGAGGCGCCAGUCAAUGUCGAGCACGAUGUAUGGAUGCGCGUGAUGCGCGCCCUCGAAAAGGAAGGCGAGGUUACUGGGGACCAGGACCUCGAUGAAGGCAUUGAAGAGGAUGGCGUUGAAAAUGAAUACGAGACUGAACAGGGGGUUGGCGAUGUCGAGUAUGUUUCCGAUAUCGAGGGCGAGAGCGAUGAUGAACUGGAGGACUUCGAAGACUGGAUGGACGGCCGAAGCGAGGACGAGGACGAGGAUGAUGAGGACGAGAGUGAGAGUGCCAGCGCAAGCGAACAGGAAGAUGAUGAAGAUGACGACGAGUCGGAAGACGAUAACGAGAAGCUCAAAAAGCAGCUCGCAAGCCUCAAAAGGAAGCGCCCUGCCGGUCCUCCAUCGAAGCCAAAGAAGAAGCCAACGAAGGACUCGAAAGGCCCCCGCCGGGAGAUCGAAUACGAAAUCGAGCGGGAGCCUCCUGCCCGGGAACUCGUUCGCGCAUAAACAGAUACCCUUGGAGUGCGAUGCGCGUCUGGCAUUUGAAUUGGCGUUCCAGUGGAGUUUUGGUCUUCUUCGAUUGCGUAUAUGACAUAUGAUCAAAAGUCUUGGCACUAAAAUUCCGAGGUGAUAGCGUGGCUCUCACUAUGUAUGUUCGUUGUCUCCUAUAGAACCACUAUGCAAGAUAGACUUGCCAGUAUCAGUGUGAUUAUACAAUGUUUUCACCGUCUC